AUGGCGGAUAGAUACAUAGCCGGUGCAAAUGGCUACAUAGCCAGUAGGCAUAGCGACCAAGCUAGGGCCUUUGCGGCCGUAGAAUGUGCCACGACUGUCACCAUGCCACCCACGAGUACCAUGGAUAUGCCCACCACUACCAUGGCAAUGACAGCGGCCCCCUCCGCCAUCACCAGUAUCCUCUACGACACCAAACAUCAUAAAGCCAUCAUCGUUGCCACAGAUGGAUGUUAUGAGUACCACAUGACACACCAGGACAUGCUUGACCAUGCCGGAAACUCAGCUGCCCUUGAGCAAAGGAUAACAGAAGCCUUCAACAGCAGAACAGGCGCCCAAGAGAUGGGACAUAACCACAUCAACCACAUGACAAGUGCGAUCGUUAACGCAUGCGCAGCGUUGCCUGUCUACAGUUUGGCUUAA